ACCGUUGAAAGCGAUUGGUUAAUUCCAGCAUCACCUUCUUCCGGUUAUUAAGUUCCGGUAGUGGGAUACGCGAAAGGUUGGAAGCUUGUUCGAGGUCCGCUCCGCUUCUGAAACGGAUGAGAAAGUCAGAUACGGCGCGCAGCUUAGAACGUGUGGAUCGGUGGUACCUAUGUUCGUUUGGAUAAAUAACCGCCGCCGAAUUUUUAUUCCAUUACGUAUAUUUUUUCGAUUUUUUUUCUCUUUCGUUUCAUUUUUAUCCUCUUAUUUACAUUUAAUUUUAAUUACAAUUUUUAUUCUCAAAGUUUUUGUUAUCGUUUUUGUGACUAGUUUUUUUCCUCAAUCGACUCUUUAUUUUAUUCGUUUAUUCGAGAGAGUUUAAUUAUUAAUUUGAUUAUUUUUUUUUCACUUUCGUGUAAUUUUUAUUUAUUUUCUUUCAACGAUUCGUAAACUUGAUUUGUACUUUUGGGAUACACGCGUUGGACUGUUCCUGAACGCGAUUCAACCGGCACUGUUGGUGAUUUUCAUCAAUCUGGAUUUGACAUGGUCGUUAUUUUAAGAGAAGUAAAUUCGCCAUCGGGAAUGGAAUGCCCGUUCCCCGGCUAUUCCAGCAAUUGUCAUCAGCGCUCGGCCACCUACAUAAGUUCCAAUCGUAAUGUAGACUGGGAUAUUAACGAUUCUACGAUACCAAGAGUAAGCGAAUUCAACAACUGGGAAGAAUGGGCCGACGGUCAUUGCCGUCUGGUUUACCCGACCACGAGCGAAGAAGCCAAAAGACACGCGUCCGGUUGGGCAAUGAGGAACACCAAUAAUCACAACGUACACAUAUUGAAAAAAUCAUGCUUAGGAGUGUUAAUCUGCUCGAGACGAUGCAUUCUACCUAACGGCGAAUCUGUCCAUUUGCGGCCGGCGAUUUGCGACAAAGCCAGAAGAAAACAACAAGGUAAACCUUGCCCGAACAAACAAUGCAACGGUCGUUUAGAAAUCCAACCAUGCAGAGGGCAUUGCGGAUACCCAGUAACGCACUUCUGGAGGCACACAGAUUUCGCCAUAUUUUUCCAGGCGAAGGGCGUACACGACCAUUUGCGACCGGAGGCCAAAUCUACAGCCGAAGCUCGCCGCAGUCUUGGAACUGGUAGAAGAGUACGGGGUAUGGCUCCGUAUCUCCAUAGUAAAGAGGCUUUGCUCAGCUCAAAAGUUAUGCCGUUUAAAGAGAAUAAAAAGAGAUCUUGCGAAUAUAAUUUACAGUUGCAACCAAAACCAACCAUUUUGUCUCCGACGAUUUCAGAGAUACAGAAUUUAAGUAAUACUACCGAUUACAUAUGUUCCUGUGCACCUUACAAGUGUACUUGCUUGGCUCAGAGCACUAGUCAUUAUGGGGGACACCUCAAUCACAGCCAAAAAGAGCCACUAAUGAAUACGAGUGAUUACUACAUGCAUACUCCUCAAUCCAGCACCUACACCUCAAUCAGUCCAAUAUCCAACACAUCUCAAUCCUUCCCAGACACAGCAACCGACAUACAGUACGGAUUUCCUCCCCUGAACGACGAUUUCUUCCAACCAGAGCAGAUCUUCCAACUGGACCAACCAGUAAGAUCUGCCGACAUGAACUUUCCAACCGAGCCAGAUAAAUCUCCAACCACGGUUCUGGAUCUAGGCAGCGGAACGAUUCAACGUAGUAGUUUUAAAAUGGAACCCCAAGAUCAUAUUUGGGAAUUCAAUAACUCUUCACCGGUCAAACAAGAAGAGAAUUCAAAUUCUGUCGAAGACUACUCGUUGAGCGACGAUUACAAUUCGCAGAUCUGCUACGUAAGCCCGAAUCAAGAAUUCGCCAAUAGUUUUUACAAACCUGACGAUAGUUCCUGUCGGUAUCAGUAUGCCGGCCAACCACAAAGUAAAACCAUUGCGAGUGAAAAUCAAAGUAUUCCUUAUCCUCAUCAAGUAGAUCACGUUUGUGCUGAGACCAGACUGAGUUGUGAACACGCCGGGUAUUCUGGUUACUCGAAUGAUAUUCAUUUCGAUGAGAAAUUCAACGAGUCUGUGUACAAUCAUUGUGAUCCUUUUCCAGAUAUAGAUAUCUCGCAGUUGGAUUAUUCGGCUAAGAGUGUAUAUAGUAGUGGUAGUUUAGAUAAUAGUGCUAUAAUUGAAGACGAAUCUGUAUUCAAUGAAUAUACACCUAAACAAGAACUCGGUACGCAUUCCUGUUAUAGUCAAUCGAAUUUUCAAAAUUUUAUGUUCUCACCUCAGCAUUAAAAAUGUGCAUACUAUUAUUUAUGAUUGCGUAUCUAUUUAUGUAUUUUCCUCAUUUUUCAUUUUCUAUUGUGUAGUUAUAAGUUGUUACUAUUUUAAUGGAUAUUUUCGUUGUACCAAAACCAUGAUGCUUUGUCGAUUAUAGUAAAUAAAAUGAUCGAAAUUUA